AUGGCCAUGGUCUUCUCCGUAGGACUACCCCGAAGCAGCGGGUGUCGAUACUUUCAGCGUGACGGUUUAAACAUCUCACUGCCGGGCCGGGCGGGCGAGUCGCUGGAGAAGAUGCGGUAUGAAGGUCCGGAAGUUCUCAGAAAACUGGCAGAAGAAGCUCGAGUCAACGGUGACCUCCUACUGGGUGACUACGAGGACACCUACUAUAACCUUAGUCUCAAGUUAUUCCACACCUUUCAAUGGGUCUCUCGUUUCUGUCGUCCACAUAUCACUUUCCAACAACGACCUCCUGUCUUUAUUCUUCUGGACGAUGACUAUGCCUUCAAUGCAACCAUUUUGAAGACUGAACUGAAGGCAUUCUCGGACACGCAAAUUCGGCGAGUGACCUGGGGCAUGCUGCAGAUGUGGAGUCCAGUAUAUCGUCCUCUCGUGUCGCCAGGUUUUAAAAAAUGGAUCUUCUCUAAACGCCAAAUGCCCUGGCCCUACUUCGCGCCUUACGCCUCCGGCGCCUUUCUUGUCAUCGGCGCCGACCUUCUUCAGGAAAUUGCCCUAGCUAUGUACUUCACUCUUCAUUUUCAAGUUGACGAUACGACUUAUUUUUAA